CAAAACAACAACAACAAGAUUCUUAUUUGAUCUUAUUGUUGUUGUUCAACACAAACAAGUAGUCCAAGCCCAUAGACUCCAUAACCCAACAUCCAAUAAAGUGAAUAACAUUCCAACCCCACUUCUAAUCUCUUCGCUUCUUCAAUCCCACUACCACUAAGCAGCCCUCCAUCAGUCUCUCUGCAUUUCUGUGUGAGUGUGUCCGCCAUUUUUGUUGAUUAUAAUCUUCAAAGUUUUCAGCUUUUAGGCGUUUCUGGCAUUACACCCAGCUAUAAUCAACAAAAAUGCAAGCUGCUCUCGUCAUCCCGAAUGUGAGUCCGAAUUUCUCUGCUCCCUGCAUUUCAAGACGAGUAUCUUCGAGUGCUCAAUGCCAACGCCGUUUGAAAUGUGUUUCUGCACUCACAACUCCGGCAGAAUCACCGGCAUUGGUUACAUCGGAAUCCACAGAGGGAAAGCUCAACAAGUAUAGCUCUCGCAUUACUCAACCAAAGUCCCAAGGUGCCGCACAAGCUAUACUCUAUGGUGUUGGACUUUCAGAAGACGAUAUGAGCAAACCACAAGUUGGUAUUUCAUCGGUUUGGUACGAAGGUAAUACCUGCAAUAUGCACCUGUUAGAUUUAGCUGCAGCAGUGAAAGAAGGAGUCGAAGAGGCCGGGAUGAUUGGGUUUAGGUUCAACACUAUUGGUGUUAGUGAUGCUAUCUCUAUGGGUACUAGAGGCAUGUGUUACAGUUUGCAAUCCCGAGACCUGAUUGCGGAUAGUAUUGAGACUGUCAUGUCUGCUCAAUGGUAUGAUGGGAACAUCUCUAUCCCUGGAUGUGAUAAAAAUAUGCCAGGUACAAUCAUGGCUAUGGGACGCCUUAAUAGACCAGGCAUCAUGGUUUAUGGUGGUACAAUCAAGCCUGGUCAUUUUCAAGGGAAUACAUUAGACAUUGUUAGCGCAUUCCAGGUUUACGGGGAAUUCGUUAGUGGAUCUAUAAAUGAGGAGGAGAGGAUGAAUGUCGUCCGUAAUUCCUGUCCUGGAGCAGGAGCUUGCGGUGGUAUGUAUACUGCAAAUACCAUGGCAUCCGCUAUCGAGGCUAUGGGAAUGUCUAUUCCUUACAGCUCGUCAACACCAGCUGAAGACCCUUUGAAGCUAGAUGAAUGUCGUCUUGCUGGAAAAUAUCUCCUCGAUCUGCUUAAAAUGGACUUGAAACCACGAGACAUAAUAACUGAGAAAUCUCUGCGGAAUGCAAUGGUUGUGGUCAUGGCCCUUGGUGGGUCAACCAAUGCUGUCUUGCAUCUCAUCGCUAUUGCAAGGUCUGUUGAUGUGGAAUUAUCUCUUGACGACUUUCAGAAGGUAAGUGAUCAGGUGCCAUUCCUUGCAGAUCUUAAACCAAGUGGCAAAUUCGUCAUGGAAGAUUUGCAUAAGGUUGGUGGCACACCUGCGGUGAUUCGCUAUCUUCUUGAGCUUGGAUUUUUAGAUGGGGACUGCAUCACUGUUACUGGGAAAACACUGGCUGAGAAUGCCAAACUCUUCCCACCUUUGGCUGAAGGUCAGAAAAUAAUACGGUCAUUGUCAAACCCUAUUAAGGAAACGGGGCAUAUACAGAUUUUGUAUGGUAAUCUUGCUCCUGAGGGCUCUGUAGCAAAAAUUACGGGAAAGGAAGGAUUAUAUUUUUCUGGUCCAGCCCUUGUUUUUGAAGGAGAAGAAGUUAUGAUCGCUGCUAUUUCAGAAGAUCCCCAGAGUUUCAAGGGUAAAGUAGUAGUUAUUAGAGGAGAAGGACCGAAAGGUGGACCUGGCAUGCCUGAAAUGUUGACACCAACUAGUGCUAUAAUGGGAGCAGGACUCGGGAAGGAUGUGGCUCUUCUAACUGAUGGAAGGUUUUCGGGAGGUUCACAUGGAUUUGUUAUCGGUCACGUGUGCCCUGAAGCACAAGAGGGUGGACCAAUAGGUCUGGUGCAGAAUGGAGACAUCAUCAUAAUUGACGUCGGGAAAAAGAUAAUGGAUGUUCAGUUGACGGCCGAGGAGAUGGAGGAGCGAAAGAGAAAGUGGACCCCACCUGCAUACAAAGCUAACAGAGGAGUACUGUACAAGUAUAUCAAGAAUGUGCAGUCGGCUUCAAGGGGUUGUGUAACUGAUGAGUGAUGAGUAGCCAAAUUCAGAAAUGAGAAAGCAUUUGAUUAAUCUGAAGCAAACAAAGCUCAUAUUCGAUGGUUCUGGAGAUAGAGUGUAGGUUUGAGCUUUUUGUUAGCCGGUUGUAAUAUUAGCUCUUGUAGCCUAGUCUGUUCUGUUGUAUCUUUUACAGGGUUUAGUAUUAUUGAAACGGAAUGCUGAACACUAACAAAUGUAUGUUGGAAGAGAAAGGGUUAUUCAUCGAAGUUAUUAAUGUUCUUCGUCUUAAACUCUUAA